AUGGCGUCUGAGCAGCAAGGGGGUGAUGAGCCCUCUCUCCCCAGGGAAGAGGCCGUGUGCCCGGGCUGUCAGGGAUCAGGGCCCCUGGUCCUGCCGUGUGGCCACAGCCUGUGUGAGGCCUGCCUGGGGCUGUGUGAGGGCGAGCUGGGCCAGGGGGGCUGUACGAUCUGCUACGGCAAAGACCUGCUGGACUGCGUCCUGAAGAGACUGCUGGACUCCCUGUUCCAAGGGCAGCCGCGGCGGGCCGGGGAUGGAGGGGUAGAGGACGGGGACAGGGAGCUGUGUCCUCUGCAUGGGGAGAGGCUGACAUUGUAUUGUGUGGAGGACAAGGAGAUGGUGUGUGUGGAGUGUCAGAGCGAGGAGCACGACGACCACGAGUGUCGUCCCACGGAGGAGGCUGUGCACGACUGCAAGAGGGAGCUGACGUCUGCCCUGAGACCUCUACAGGAGAAGCUGGAGGCUCUGAACACUGUCAAACAGACCUGUGAGGAGUCAGCUGAACACAUCAAGAGCCAGGCACAGCAGACUGAGCGCCUGGUGCAGCAGCAGUUUGAGAAGCUGCACCAGUUCCUCCGAGACGAGGAAGCUGCUGUGAUCUCUGCUCUGAAGGAAGAGGAGCAGGAGAAGACCCAGAGGAUGAGGGACCGGCUAGACAGAACAACAGACCAGAUCAACUCUCUAGCUGAGGCCAUUGAGGCGACGGUGGAGGCCAUGGACACUGGUGAUGACAUAUCCUUCCUCAAGAACUUCAAGAGGACCUCUGAGAGAACUCAGGUGACAGUACAGGAGCCAGAGGAGGUGGCAGGAGCUCUGCUGGACGUCGCCAAACACCUGGGCUGUCUCAACUACAGAGUCUGGGAGAAGAUGCAGGACGUCAUUACAUACACUCCUGUGACUCUGGACCCCAACACGGCUGAUAUCUGCCUGUCUCUGUCUGAUGAUCUGACCAGCCUGCGGUACACAGAGGAGGAGGAGAGACUCCCUGACAACCCAGAGAGGUUCUGUUACUAUGAGUGUGUCCUGGGUUCCGAGGGCUUCAACUCCGGACGACACACCUGGGACGUGGAGGUGGGCGUGAACAGCGAGUGGGCCGUGGGCGUGGCACGGGAGACGGUCUCGAGGAAGGAGCUAUUGCAUUCUAUUCUAGAGAGGGGCCUGUGGACCAUCUGUUACUAUGGAGGUGAAUACCGCGCCCGCACGGCCACCGCCACCCCCCUGGUCCUGAAGAGAAGGCCCCUGGAGGUCAGAGUGCAGCUGGACUGGGACAGAGGCAGGGUCAUCUUCUCCGACGCCUCAGACAACACGCUCAUCUACAAGUUCCAACACAAGUUCACCCAGAGAGUGUUCCCUUACUUCUCCAACACCUGCAAGAGACAUCCUCUGAGGAUCUCCACCGGGAAGGUGUCAGUGACAGCGGAGUAGCUUGGUUUAUUAAGUUAGAGCUGAUUUGGUAAACCUACAGUUAGGGACAUUAAAAAGCCGUUGCUGCACAACAGGUAAAAACAUUUGCUUCAAAGUG